AGUGUCCAGUUGGGAGAAGAUUUGAGCCGGCAGAAUAAUGCUCAUCUAUGUUGUUGCCCUCGCCCUUUUGGGUGCUGCAGCUGCAGCCCCAGUGGAUGACAAGAUCGUUGGUGGGUAUCAGUGCGAGGCUCACUCCCAGCCCCAUCAGGUAUCCAUCAACAUCGGCUACCACUUCUGCGGUGGCUCCCUCAUCAACGACCGCUGGGUGAUCUCUGCUGCCCACUGCUGGAUCAACCCCUUUGGCCAGGUGGUGAUCCUGGGGGACCACCACAUCUGGGAGUACGAGGGUACGGAGCAGUACAUGGCCCUGGACGCCAUCUACUGGCACCAGAGCUACGACUACCAGACCCUGGACUACGACAUCAUGCUGAUGAAGCUGGCCCACCCCGUCACCGUCAACGAGUACGUGAAGCCCAUCCCCCUGCCCACGUCUUGCCCCAACGCCGGUGACAUGUGCACCGUGUCCGGCUGGGGAAACAUCUACACCGACGAAGUCUUCAACCCCUUCUACCUCCAGUGUGUGGAGGUGCCCAUCGUGUCUCAUGAGGAGUGCAACAGGAACUACGGCGGCCUGAUCACCGACCAGAUGCUGUGUGCCGGAUACCAAGAGGGAGGCAAGGAUGCCUGCCAGGGUGACUCUGGUGGCCCCAUGGUCUGCAAUGGAGUGCUGCAGGGCAUUGUAUCCUGGGGUUACGGAUGUGCCCAGCCUGAAUACCCGGGCGUAUACACCAAGGUCUGCUCCCUUCUGCCCUGGAUCAACGAAAUCCUCUCCACAUAUUAGAGGAACAGCAGGCAUAGGGUUGCUGAUAACAUCAUGCAUCUACAGUAGUAAUGGAUAUGAACAAAUGAAUAAACAAUUAACACUGUGA